AUGCCGACCUGCUACGCACCUGGCUGUACGAGCGGGUACAAAAGCAACACUCAGAAGCGUCACUUUUUUGCACCGCCAUCGGAUCCGGAACUUCUCAGCAAAUGGAAAAGAGCUAUUCCCCGCGCGGACAAAGAGCUGAGCAAAACGUGCAAGGUUUGUGACCUUCAUUUUGACGAAGCGGACAUUUCGAAGACGUUUAAGCAUAUUAUCAACGGUGAAGUCGUCGAGAUCGACCGGGCGUACUGGGCAUUGAAGGAAGGUGCAGUCCCCGUUCACUUUCCCAACCUUCCCAGUUACUUGUCGAGAAAGCAGACUCGGCGGCGGUCUCCGAAAAAGAGAGCUGCAGCAUCUACGCACGAUGUGACCACAAACGAAGCACACUUGCCCACGGAGCGACGAGAGGAGCUGACUAACCAAGAGGCGCCUGUUCCCCUGCAGUGCACCGAUUUUGCUCAGAUUGUCGAGAAUAGUGCGACAGUUCGGCUCCCAGCCAACUGGACAACAGCAGUACUCGAAGAAGAACCAGGGCAGCGUCGGCAGAUUGUUUUUUACGUGGCCGGAAUGAAAGCGGGGGUGUACACAAUCCUGAAGAGCGUCGUUGUGCGGGACGAUAUCACCUAUGUUGUCCACGCAAACGUGGAUCUCUGCGCGUAUCAUAAAGAAAAGAGUUGUUCCGCACGGCUGUGA